UUCUGGAGACUCACACAUUAGGCUCAUUAAUGUUCCAUCACGGAGGGGCCACUGAGUUAUGGUGCCCUUAUCUUCCCUGAGAGGGGCAGAGACAUUUUCUUCACUUGUAAAUUGCUUGUGUUUCUUGUUAUUUCCAGCUAUUAUGAUGAAGGUCCAAAAUUGUUCCUUCUAUUUUAACUUGAAUUUCCAAAAUUAUGUUGUGGAAUAAUCAGAGUUCUGAACUUCAGAGAUUCACAGGGGAGGCUGGAGGUGGUUCGAAGCUGAACAUUAAGCACCCAGCGUUCUGUGCGGCUCUGUGCGGCCAGCAGAGGGUGGCACACCGAUUUUAUUUUAUUUUUUUAAUGACCUAGUGUUCCGCGCAGAGAUACUUGGGCUCUUUCUAGGGUAAGUACACCGAAGCAUCUUUCUCAGGUCCUGUUCUGCUUUUGAACUCCCUGGAGCUCCCACGAGAGAACGGAGAGGGAAUUCCACAUCGCUCUUAUGAGUUUCCUUCCCUGAGCUUCUGUCCAGCACUGUCUCUAACCACCGGCCAGAAACUCACCACCUAGUGCUUUGCUAUCGCUGCAACGCGGGCCGCGAGAUUGAUGCAGUGUUCCUGGAGGCUGGUGCAAGGACGAAAGAGGAUCCUCGGAAGCGGGACCGUAUCCCCCUUGCUUGGGGGGGUCGCAGAAACAGUCAGUAUUUUAGACUGUUCUCAACUGGGAAAUACCCAUAUUUUCCUGCCUUCAAUGACAUGAGGUUUGAGUCACCUGGUACCUUGAGGGUGGUUGAUACUUCAGUGUUCACUCCCACAUCUGGUGGUUCCUGCUGUCCCUUUUCAAGGCUCUGUGUCUCCAACUGAGUGGCACCAGGAUUCUUCACAAUAUAACUGAGUCUGCUAAUUGCAUAGUGUUUUGAAUGGAGAAUCUAGGACCAAGCCAUGCACAUCCUCUUGUGACUGUAUAAUAGUCUCCUCCAAACUAUCUCUCCGGUGUCAUCAGUGUGUUCCCAAGGACAAAAAGCCCUCAAAACAAGCAGCUGACAAACAAAAUGAAGGAAUGUACAACAGGAUCUCCUUGUAGCCUCAGCAGGCCUGGAACUCACCAUGUAGACCAGGCUCCCAUGGAUCUGACUGCCUCUGCUUCUCAAGUGCUGGUAUUAGAGGAUUUGGUGUCAUUUGAGGAUGUCACUGUGAACUUCACCUGGGAAGAGUGGCAGAAUCUGGAUGAUACUCAGAGGACACUGUACAGGAAUGUGAUGCUGGAGACCUAUAGCAGUCUGGUGUCCCUGGGACAGUGCAUCUCUAAACCUGAGUUGAUCUUCAAACUGGAGCAAGGAGCAGAGCCAUGGACAACAGAAGACCCUGCAAACCAGAGCCUACCAGGUUUCCAUGAUAUGAAUGACACAGUUGAGACCAGCCAGAAAAUUCAAGACAAACAUUUGUGGCAAGUUACUGCUGAUAGCCACAAUAUGGCAACUGAGAAAACAGCUGCAUUAGAAAACACUUUUUAUGUGUGCUCAAUGAAAAUUUCAAAUUUCAUUGUAAAUAAUAGAAACUAUUCAGGAGUGAAGUCUGAGAAGGUGAAUGGAUAUCACAACACAUGUCUCCCUCGUGAACCUAAUGGCAUGUGUGCUGUAAAGCAGUCUGAUGACUGUCAUGUAACACGGAAAUCUCUCAGGUGUCCUGAGCAUUUUAGUCAACAUCACAAGAUUCAAACUGGGCAGCAGGAUUUUGAAUAUAGUGGAGAAGGGAAAGAUACAAAGGAGGCAAAGCUAUUGCAAAAAGUUACUCCAUAUAAAAGGCUUCAUAUGGGGCUGGCUUCCCAUAAGCAUAAUGAAUAUAGGCAAGCCUAUGUUAAGUCAGAUGUCAUUGCCAAGAUAGGGAAGACAACUUUUGGUAAAAAGUAUAGCCUCACUAAACACCAAGAAGCAUCGUCAGGGAGAAAAUCUUUUGAAUACCUUGAAAGUAAGAAAACCUUCAGUAGUAAACUAGACCUUACAAUUCAACAGAGGUUACAUAAACAUAAACAAGCCUUUGUGUGUAUCCAGUGUGAGAAAUCCUUUAGCACUAAGUCUUCUCUUACUAUCCAUCAGAGAAUUCACACAGGAGAAAAGCCCUAUGGAUGUAGUGAGUGUGAUAAAACCUUCAGGCAAAAGUCAGCUCUCAUUGUACAUGAGAGAAUUCAUACUGGGGAGAAACCCUUUGAAUGUUAUGAGUGUGGAAAAGCCUUCCAACAUAAGUGGUACCUCAAAAUGCAUCAGAGAACUCAUACAGGUGAAAAACCAUAUGAAUGUAAGGAAUGUGGUAAAGCUUUUCUAAAGAAGUCAUACCUCAAAAUGCAUCAGGGAACUCACAAGAGUGAUAAACCUUAUGAAUGUGAAGAAUGUGGAAAAACCUUCCAUAACAGAUCAUACUUCAAUAUGCAUCACAGAACUCAUACUGGUGAGAAACCCUAUGCAUGUAAUGAGUGUGGAAAAGCCUUUUACCAAAAGUCAGACCUCAGGAGGCAUCAGAGAACUCAUAAUAGUGAGAAAUUACAUGAAUGUAAAGAAUGUGGAAAAGCCUUUCAAAAUAAGUCAUACCUCAAAACCCAUCAGAAAGUUCACACAGGUGAGAAACCAUAUGAAUGUAAAGAAUGUGGAAAAGCCUUCCAAAACAAGUCUUAUCUCAACAAGCACCAGAUAAUUCAUACAGGCGAGAAACCUUAUGAAUGUAAUAAAUGUGGGAAAACAUUCCAGUGGAAGUUAGUCCUCAGUAAGCAUCAUAGAAUUCACACAGGUGAAAAGCCCUAUGAAUGUAUUCAGUGUGGAAAAAUGUUUGGCUAUAAAUCAUCUCUCAUUGUACAUGAGUUAAUUCAUUCUGGGGAGAAACCUUAUGAAUGUAAUGUAUGUAGAAAAACCUUUUCACAGAAAUCAAACCUAAGUAGGCAUCAGAGAACUCACAGACAUGAGAAAAUCUGUGAUGGUAAUGAAUACAGAAAAACAUUUGACUGACAUUUAAGUCUCAGAAUCUAUCAAGUACUCCAGGCAAGAAACCACAUGACAGUGAGUAGUGUAGAUGUUCUUACCUUAAAACCACUUUCAGUUUACAUUAGAGAACUCACUUGGGAAAGACUAUAAAUGUUGAAAACCCACUAACCGUGUAUCAUACCUCAGCAAGUGUCAGACUCCUCAUGUAUAAGAGAAGUCUUACAGUUAUAGAAAAAUAUUCUCAGAAAUCAAACAUCAGCAAACAUCAUAAAAUUCUUAUGAAGGAAAAAUAUUGAGUGACAUUGUAGCUAUGUGUCCCAAAGACCAUUUUCUUAUCUCUGGACACAACCUGCAGUUCUCAGGCUCCCCUUGUGGCCAUCACCAAUUAAUGAGCUCUGCUGGAAGAAUAUGGACCCAGGUGAUAAACAGUACUUCUAGGCUUGGCAACCUAAAAAUGACAAAGAGUUCUUUCCAAUUUCUGUGUCAUGUAAGAAUGAAGUGCAGGUGACCCUAAGGAUAUUUUUAGCAAACAUUGGUGGGAGAAAUUUACUGGAAUUUAAGAAUUAAUUGAAGAAAGAUGGAGAUCUUUGCAUCUCUAUCUCUGUGUCCUAUACUUGGUUACAUUAGUGAGAAAUAAAUAUCUGCAGUGUUUAGGCUU